AUGAACAAUUACAUUGCGAAUGCCUCCAUCGCCAGUUCGAAUGACGAAUCGCAGAAGAGCGAAUUGCAAAAGGACACUAGAGAAGACAGCCAAAGCAACAAUGAGGACUUCGAGAUGGAGGAAGAGGAACGCAACCAAGAAAUCAACAUCCUGGCAAUUGGGAUAGAAAUUGACGCUUGCCGCAAGAAAGCAGCAGAAAAGUUGAUAAAGGUUCUGGAAAACCCCGAGGCUAAACUCGACGAUAUAAGAAAGGCCCAAGAAGAGGUGGCCAACACCAAAGCAGACUCCUUCGUUCCCCCCAACCUUCCUGCCUUCCAGCUUCGUGGUGGACCAGUCCAUCAGACCAACAAGGCGGUCCAUGACUCCAUCGCCGCGUUUUUGAACGACUUCGAAGUGCAGCUCCGGGCACACAACCUGGAUUUUGAUCAGCACUGGGAACGCUUGUUCUGGCUUACCUGUGACAAGAGACAACGCGUCUCAUUUGAGAAGACAAGGGCCGGAAGAGGUUUGAAGUGGAAGGAGGUACGCCAGCAGCUAGAAAGCGAGCACGGUAACCCGUACCACCUGUGGAUCAAGAAGCAUGAAGUCCACUGCAUGCUGCAAAAGCCAGGAGAGCUUGUCAGAGCAUACGCGGAAAGAUUCCUGGACAGUGUUCAUGCCACCAACCUCGACAGUAGCAACGAGCUUGUAUGGCUCUUCACCUCCAAGCUGUUGAGACCUGUAAGAGAGAAAGCGUGGCAAACACUUACGCAGCACUACGGCUUGGUUGUUCCCAAGAACAUACACCAAGUCAUACCGUUGAUUGUGGCCACUAGUGGUGAGGAGACAGACUCCCUGUUCCAAGAGGAACGGACCACAAGUGGUACCAAGAGAUACCAAGAAGACAAUCACAAGUACACCGGCAGCAAGAGAGGACGCGGUGAAUUCCGUAGAGAACAACGUGGAAACAAUCACAACAACAGAGGAUCCUGCCCUUUGCAUCCCAAGGGCAGACACAGCAAAGACGAAUGCCAUAUACUCAAGAGUAUUACGAGCAUGGAGAAUAAGACCUUCACACCACCAGCACCAAGACCAGCACCCCUCUGCCAUUACUGUCAUAAAGUUCUGUACUUCAACGGGCAUAAAUGCCCUGAGUUUCAGUUGGCCAAAGCCAAAAAGCCAGUAUUUGCAAACCGUAGCACAAGAACAGUCAACAGUGAGGAUGCACUGAAUAGUAGAAUUGAGCUGGACCUGAGCCAACUCAAUCUACAAGCACAAGGUAAACACCUUAACAUUCACCACCUCACUGCACUGCCACAUAACGACGGCUCACUCUAUGUUCCUAUAAUUGUUCAGAGUAGCCGGGUGUGGGCACUGGUGGACUCUGGAGCAAACGCUUCUUUCAUUUCUCCAGACCUUGUCUCCUCUCUCUCUCUACCUAUCACUAAAUGUAGUUCAAAAAAGCAGCACAUUUAUUUAGCAUCAGAGAAUAGCUUAGCGGAACAUUUAGGCACUGUUGAGAACCUUUCAUUAUCUUAUAUGAGUUGUAAACUGAAUCACAACUUCGUAGUAAUGAGUUUAGCCUUAGGCACACAGAUGAGCAUUGGCACAGACUUAAUGCCCAGACUGGGCAUGGCAAUUACAAACUUAGCAACUACUUGGGACGAUCAAAAAAGCGAUUCAUUGAGCGAAAACACUCCAGAUGAUGUGCCAGAACCUAAUAAAUCUCCUGCUGGCACAUCUGAGGAGCAAAAACAGUUUACGGAAGCUAUAGAACAAUCUAUCAGAUCCAACAAACUUAUUCCUAAAACAUCAUUUUGCACUAUACCAGAAUCUAUCAUCCAUAUCGACACACCAGAAGGCGUAACUUCCUACAGAAGACAAUACCCUUUACUGGUAGUAUAUGAGCCUAGAAUCCAAGAGACUGUAAACACUUGGCUAGCAGAUGAUGAAGUCCAGAAAAUUGGCAAAGAAUACUUUACAGUCAGAGCAGUAGUAGCUCAUAGAGAACUGGCUAAAGGAAAAUACGAGUACAGAGUAAGAUGGGAAGGUUACGAAGAAAAAGAUGAUACAUGGCAAACACCUGAGUCCUUUAGCAGCCCAAAACCUAUUGCGGAUUAUUGGGAUCGACUUGCAAAUGCCACACUACGAAGCCCACACCUACACGCCAAAGCAAAUGCUCAAGAUGCUAAUGCUCAAUACGCUUACGUACAACACGAUAACGUUCACGAUGCUAACGCCCGAUGCUAUGCCCAAGAAGCUAACAUGGUCCCUUCAGUCUAA